GGCCGCCGCCCCGCGUUCAAAUGGCGGCCCCGCCUCACAGGGCGGCCCCGGGGCGGAGCGGUGGCAGCGGCGGGGAGGGACGAGCCGAGCCGGGACGGCUCCGGGGAGCGGGGAGCGGCAUGAUGCCUCCCGGGGAGCCGCAGCAGCCGGCCGGCUCGGUGGGGAACCUGGCGGCGCUGGCGGAGCUGGACGAGGCGUCGCUGCUGCAGGGGCUGCGGGAGCGGUUCCUGAGGCAGCAGGUCUACACCGAUGUGGGGGACAUCCUCAUCGCCCUCAACCCCUUCCAGCCCCUGCAGCUCUAUGGCAGAGAGGUCUCCGAGCAGUACCGGUGCCACGAUGAGGGCUCGCUGCCUCCACACAUCUUCGCCGUGGCCGACAGGGCCUACCACGCCAUGCUGGGCCGCCGGGGAGCCCGUCCGCAGAGCCAGUGCAUCGUCAUCAGUGGAGAAAGCGGUGCAGGGAAAACAGAGAGUACAAAGCUACUGUUGCAGCACAUAAUGAACCUAUGCAAAGGCAACUCACAGCUGGAGCAGCAGAUCCUUCAGGUAAAUCCAUUGCUUGAAGCUUUUGGCAAUGCCCAGACUGUGAUGAAUGACAACAGUAGCCGCUUUGGAAAAUACAUACAGCUGCGUUUCCAGAACAAUACAGUGCGAGGUGCAAAGCUGAGUGAAUAUUUGUUAGAGAAGUCACGGGUAGUGCAACACGAUACUGGCGAGAGGAAUUUUCAUAUCUUCUACUACAUGUUUGCUGGACUGUCUUCAGAAGAAAAGGAGAUGUAUGGGCUGUUGGAUCCUUCACUCUACAGGUACAUAAGUGGACAGUUUGGUACAGAGGACGUAGCUCAGCGCUGGAAGCAGAAAUACCAAGAGGUGUGCAAUGCCCUUGACAUGGUGGGCUUCCAAGAACAGGAACAAGUGGACAUGCAGGCAAUCUUGGCUGGUGUAUUGUCUCUGGGCAACGUGACCUUCGAGCCUCCAGAGAGCAAUGGGUCUCUAAAAAUGAGUGAAGCCUCCCGGGGAUGGCUGAAGGCUGCAGCGGGUCAGUUUGGAGUCCAGGAGGAUGAACUAUUGAAAUGCCUCAUUUGCACAAUGUCAGUGACCCGAGGAGAGCAGAUUCAGCGUUUUCACACCCAGCAGCAGGCAGAAGAUGCUCGGGACUCCAUUGCAAAGGUGGCAUAUGGCCGAGUAUUUGGCUGGAUUGUUUCCAAGAUCAAUGAGCUGUUGGCUGAGAACGUGGAUCCUGAAGUAGAGCUGAGGGAGAUAGGUAUCUUGGAUAUUUUUGGGUUUGAAAACUUUGCAGUGAAUCGUUUCGAACAGCUCUGCAUAAACUUGGCCAAUGAGCAGCUGCAGCACUUCUUCAACCAUCACAUUUUCCAGCUGGAGCAGGCUGCCUACAGGGCGGAAGAACUGUCUUGGGAGACUAUCACAUUCAACAAUAACGAACCUAUUCUGAAUCUGCUCCUGGCCAAGCCACUUGGGCUGCUGUCCCUUCUGGAUGAGCAGAGUGCGUUCCCUCAGGCAACUGAUAAGACAUUUGUGGAUAAGCUAAACAGCAGUUUUAAAGGGAAUUUACACUUCCAGCCGGCCCGAGGACGUGUUUUGGGCUUCAGCAUCAUUCACUAUGCUGGGAAGGUACAAUACACUGCUGAUGGCUUUCUAGAGAAGAACAGAGACACCUUGCCAGCUAAUGUCCGUGGGCUCUUCAUCAACAGCAUCACCCCCUUGCUCAGUAUGCUGUUCACAGCCACUAUCUCCAGGACAGGGACACUGAUGCCACAUGUGAAAGCCAAGAUCGUACCAGAAGCAGACAACAAGUUCAACAGUACACGAAAGCAGUCUGCUGGAGCUCAGUUCCGGCAUUCCCUGAUGGUUCUCAUGGAGAGGAUGUAUUCUGCAAACCCACACUUUGUGCGCUGUAUAAAGCCCAAUAGCCAGAAAGAGCCAGGCGUUGUGGACAACCAGAUGUUGCUACAGCAGCUCCGGUACAAUGGACUGCUGGAGACUAUCCGGAUCCGAAGAGACGGUUUCUCCUGGAGACCAUCAUUUGAGGAAUUUGCUGAAAGAUAUGGAAUUCUUCUAGUUAAACCAGAUGUUUCCCUCAACAAAGAAAGCUGCUUGAAGAUACUACAAAGUACAGACGUGACGGGCUGGAUAUGUGGAAAGUCACGGCUUUUCUUUAAAUAUUGGCACCAGGAACAGCUGGCAAAGUAUGUGGAGCGACUAGAGAGAGCAGCAGUUGUCAUACAGAAAGUUUUCAGGGGUUUCCGAUGCAGGAAGAGUUACCUGGAGCUGGUGGCUGAGCUGAGAGCUCAAGCACAGCGGCAACAGGAAGAGGCAGAGAGAGAAAGAAGCCGACAGCAGGCAAUGGAAGCAGAGGCCCAAAAAAGAAUCUCCCUUCCAAUCCCUGUGCCACGGAAAAGACUCCCUAGGCCUUAUCCCCAUCCUCAGACUGUCCCUGACAUGCCACCACAGCCACCGGUGCCACGGCCACGCAGCAAACUAACAGAGUUCACUCCUUUCGACAACUUCCUUCAUCCUACUGGGCCUCGCCCUGUUCCGGGGACAGAGGAACAGACUGGAGAAGAGGCAAAAAUGAGGCAACUCAAGAGAGGAGCAACUCUCCGCUGGUUCAGAGAGACGCAAGCCCAGAAGGUCAUGCAGGAUGAUGGGGCCUUUCCGAGCUGGCUGCAUGGAAUGAUCAGCCGGAGGGAAGCUGAAAACCUGCUGAUUGACAAGCCUUUGGGUUGCUUCCUUGUUCGGAUCAGCCAGAGCCGACCAGGCUACACCCUGACGUACAGGGGCGAAGGCCGCUGCAGACACUACAUGAUCGAGAUGCAGCCCAACACACGCUACGUGAUCCUGGGGGAAGACCGUGCUCACACAUCUCUCACCGAACUGGUUCAGUAUCACCAGACUGUGGGCAUCCAGCCCUUCAUGGAGAAACUGACUGUUCCCUGCGGGCAGAAUAGCAGCGAGAGUUUGGAUUAUGAAGACCUGGAGUCCCCCACAGUGACCCCUGCCAUGGCGGCAGAGGAGAGCCCCCACGAGGAGCAGACCUCUGCCAGUGCCUGUCCAGCUGACAGGAACACCCUGAAGGCGGGAGCAGCCACAGUUCUCAGGUCCAUGUGGUUCAGGAGGACCAAGAAUUUCCAAGAGCAACAGAGCCUGGACAAGAGCAAGACAAAGUCAAGCCUGGGCAAGGCGGGAAGCAGGCAGCGGGCCUUCCCUCGCCUUCACUCUUCCAUACGUGUGGCAAUGAAGGAAAUCCAGCAGUUCUCUUCCGUUCCCUUGAGUGGCUCCUUGAAGGAACUCCAGCAUUGAGGAUGUACAGCCGAGUGACAUGGUCAGAGUGUCUCAGCCCCAUCCUCUUCCAGUGCUGCUGGGCCUUGCAUAACUGGGUGAACAUAUACAGACAUACAGUAGUCUUCUUUCUUACCAUUUUUUGCUGCACCCAGCUGGCCCUGUGUCCUUGGACUGGACUCCUGCAGAAAUGAAUGUUCUUCAGCACUCAGAGGGUCUCAGUGGCUGAGACUUCAGCAUCUGGAUCAUCCUGGCAAAGAGGAGAGCAUGGGAACAGUCGUGCUCUGCACAGAUCCUCAGUACCUGACAACCUGCAUGUCAAUACUUAAACAUGCCUUGAGACCCCUCACCUCGUGCUGUUAAUAGUCACAAGCUGGAUAUUUCACAACAAUGUGUUCCCUCAGAGCUGCCUGUACUGAUUUCCUACCUGUUUCUCCUCAAGUCCUCUGUCUUUUGGUCCUUUGGACCUGCUGCUCUGGGUGCUAAGGAAAGCUGGGCUCAGGCUUGGGAGGUAAGGAAUGAAACUUCUGUGUUCUUUUUGUUGAAUGCAGGAGUACUUGAACAGACGCAGAGACAUGGGAUGAGGAGAUCUUCCUGCCCCUGCAGGAAUUUCCUGACCUUGCAUCAGUUUUGUUCUGGCAUGCUGAUUCCCUUCCCUCAGCCAAAGCUCAAGUGAGGGCACCGUUGCUGAAACAUUUGUCUGCAAGUCAGGGAAUCACUGCAAUUCCAGGCUGUAGAAUAUGCUUCUUUUCACUGAGGGGAGAGGGAUUGGGAACAUACAGGACCAUGCUACUUGUUAUGUAUUUUCUACCUUUAAUAAAAAAUAUGUUUUCAAUUAA